AUGCAAGAGGCGGCCCUCAGCCGCCCCGCCCCGCGAGCAGCCCCGCCCCGGUGCCGCCCCGCCCCGGUGCCGCCCCGCCCCGGUGCCGCCCCGCCCCGGUGCCGCCCCGCCCCGGUGCCGCCCCGCCCCGGUGCCGCCCCGCCCCGGAGCCCAGCCCGGCGGCCCCGCCCUCUCCACAGCUCCGCCCCUUGUUCCGUCGCCGCCGCCGCCGCUUCCCGACUCCGCCUCCUCCCCCUCCCGGAGCCGCAGAGGCCUGCAGUCGGGCCCCAGGCUCAGCCGGCCGCGCUGGAGUCGAGUUGCAGCCUUAGCCGCUGCUCGCAGUCCCGCCGUGAGCGGAAGCGCUUCUGCUGCGGUCUCCGCCGCCGCCUCAGCCCUCCGGGCCACUGGCCUCUCCGGGCGGCCACGCAGGGUGGCGGCCCCUCCGGCCGAGCGCUGGGAGCGCGUACGGUGUCGGGAGCGGGCCAGACUGGCAGGGGUCUGGGGUGGUCUCGGAGAGGGGCGGGCAAGGGCGUGUGGUGCAGCCGCGCGGCCCGGCCGAGGGGAGGAGCGCGGUCUGGGGGAGCCUUGUGCGGCCCCGAGCCCCUGGGAGCCCUGCGUCCCCGCCGCACAGAGCGGCUCACGGAGCGUGCCUUCCCCCCGGGGGGCAGCUCCACGCCUCGGGCGGGCGGGGCAGGAUCUCUCCAGGUCUCCGCUGGGCAAAGGGGGAAACUGAGGCUUACACAGCCGGCGAGAGUCGUAGCCUGGCUGGGACUCAGGGCCAUCCUGGGCCGGCGCGGGCCUGAGCAGGGGGCUGGGAGGAGGAAGAGCCCCCACCCCCGAGAACCGGGAGAGGUUGAUCGGGAGGAGGGGCGCCAGGCCCUGGGCCCAGGCAGGCCCACCCAACGCUGUAUGGCCUGGCUUAGAAGACAGGAUCUCUGGCGGCGUCGGACGGAGAAAUGCACGUAUGGCCCUGGUAAACUGCAACAGAAGGCCGAAUGAGUUUUUUCCAGGUGGUCUGGACCUGUCACCCUUCGAGAACCUCCAGAGACAGGACAGCAGUCCCAGGCGAAGGGGGAAGGAAGCUGGGACGAAUCACCCUCCUGCCUGGCAUGUAACCGGGGGCCAUGUACUGCAUGCGAUUCGUGUUUUUCUUUGGGGUGGGUGAUUGAGUGGAUUGUUUACUGUGGAUGCAUCUUGGAAAGGGAAGGAAGAGAGGACUUGGAGUUCUAAGGCGAGGGAGGGGGUGACAUGUUAUAGGCAAUGAAGAGGGUCGUGUGGAGCUAGAAACCAGAAGCUGUAGAAUGGGGAAAAUGAGGGGACAUGUAGUCAUUGUGGGGGAAGGGAGAUGAAAGGGUUGCUGAGGGGAGGGGGACAGUCUCUAGUCUGGAGACAAAGAUGGGAGUCUUUCAAAGAGGGAGCGAAACUGAUGAGUUUGAGAGGAGUCUGUUAGGAGUGGAUAGUAUCUUACAAGGUUGAGUAAUAGCGGUUGGUCUGCAAUCACUUCAUUUUCUUUGAGUGAAGACAGUUGUAGUACUUUUAUAUACAUGUUUUAGUUUUUGCACUCCCCACUCCCAUUCUUUCUCCUGUUCUAAGGUUGCAGGCUGGUACUAUUGUCUUGCAGGUAAGAUUUGACAAAAGGGGAAGGGAGAGACUAAUUAGCAAAUGCAUUAAUUGGGGCCCUUUGUCCAAGAUGAUUCCGUGUUUAACUCAGAUGUUUUCUUGCUGCAUUCUGCACCUCAGCUUUCUAACUGUGAUGACUUGGCGCGGUGGCUGGGGAAGAGCUGCCCUGAUUCAGACAAGACGGGUUAGAUUUUUCCAAACUGAGAAACACAUAUUUGACAGAUAUAUAUAUAUAAAAGCAUGAAGAUUUACUUGUCAAAGACUUAUAACCAUGGAAAUGCAAAUUGAAACAAUGAGAUACCAUUUCACACCCAUCUGAUUGGCAGAAAUUGAGUGACAUGAUAACCGUAUUAGUAAGGUUGUGGGGAAAUCAACUUUUAUACACUGCUAGUGGGAAUAUAACUGGAUCCAGCCGUGUUGAAGCGUAGUAUAGUGAUGUCUAAUCGAAAGAGGGCAAACAUACCUAUUUACCCAAAAUGUCCAUUUUUGGUUAUACUCAAAGAAAUCCUUGCACACUUGUCCAAAAGAAGUACAAGAAUGCUCAUUGCAGCUUAAAUGUCCACCAGCAGUGGAAUACACAAAUUGUUAGAUAGUCCUGCACAAUUGAUGGUAUAGCAUGGUGAAAAACAAUCUAUAGCCACGUGGAUUAAAAUAUUUGACUCUGAGAAAUAGAAAUGGCAAAAAUUAGUAUAUAUUGGAGUAUAUGAGGAAGCCAUUUGGUGUAAACCUAAGUCAGCCUGACUUUGUUUUUUCCAAAAGGGCCUGACCUUGACUGUUGAGCACGGCAAGCACGCAUUGUAUCUCUGCUUUAAACAUUUACUAUGGCAAGAACAAAUGGCCUUAAGAUAAAGGUGCAGCUUCCCCCCACAGUGGCAUUUCCUUAAGGAUAAGCAUCUUUCCUUAGGCUAGGAACUGAUUACUGUGCUCACCUUUGACCACCCAGCUCACCUGUCACCACCCAGCUUGAGACAACAGACCUGCCACCCUGCUGUGGUCACCAAGUCAGCAGACCUACAUGCUGUUUCCAUCAAUCGCUGUGCUGACAGAGCAGUUUGCGACUAUUGUAAAAGGGACAUUUCAAUCCUAUGUGA